UUGUUAGACAAUUGUGGAUUUGCCGUGGUGUGUUUCAGGUUAUAGGGAGACACACGAGCAGACGCAGAGAGGUCUGAAAGGACAUAGAAAUUGUAAGAUUGAAGGAAAGAUGAUACCUACAUCAGAAAACUGUGCCCUAACCCUGGCAGCUGUCAUGUCCAUGCUGACAUGUGUGUUGCUACAGGGGGCCCAGGCAGGAGUGGUCGGGGACUUCAACCAUGCCGAGCGCUGUAAGGACUCUCUGUACAUGGGCACUCCACCCCGAGGCUACCUGAGCAACUCCUUUAAGAAGAUCUGCCAGAGGUAUGAGGACAAACCCCGCUAUGUCACCCUGUACGACCCCCACAAACACAUCCCCAUCUAUUCUGCCUAUACGUUCAAGAAGUCGGAUGGGGAGAAGAAGGUGGACUUCCCUUGGAUGUUUGAGCCCCAGCUGGCCUCAGAAAAGAGCAGCAGUAACAUGGAGCCCUUUCCCCAAUCUUCAAGUAUGCAUAUGAACUUUGAGGACACCCAGGCAGUCCUGGAGGACUACGCUGAUGUGGUUCAGUAUGAACGUGGCCAGCUAAAUCCUGACGAGCAUCAGGCUGACCCUCUGGACAAAGCCUCCACCUACAGCUUGACAAAUGUGGUACCCCAGAUCAGGGAGUUCAACCUUGGCCCCUGGUCGGAACACCAGGAUCUCCUCCGCAAACGUCUCAACAACUACUGUCGUGGCAAAGCCUUUGUGGUAACCGGGGUCACCACAUCAGGUCACACGAUCCGUCGCAACAACCUAGACCGGGUGGCUGUACCGGAGUACAUGUGGUCGGCCUACUGCUGCACCGAGUUCGACCAAAACGCACCAUACUUUGUGCGCUACAAGUUCCCUGUGUUUGGAUCUUAUGGGCUGAACGAUCGUGUUAACAACCACAUGGUGGAAGUUCCUCUGAAGAACCUGGAGAAAUUUCUCAAGGGGAGGAUGGAUGUGGACAAAAACUUUCAGAUUUUCUAUAAUGACUGUGUGCCAGAUAACUGAGAUAAAUUGAAGGGGAUCUCUGUUAUAAGUCAAGUUUCAAGUGUGUUGGAAAAUCUACUUGAGACAAAGGCUCUUGCAGCUCAAACUUUACAUUAAACAAAAAUGUGUUGUCAAAUUAUAUUCAAAAUUAGCAAACAAUAAAAUGGGAAUUAAUUGGA